AUGACAGCAGGAGAUAUAGUAAAAAUUACAGUUUCUGCAGGACUCAAGCAAGGCCAAAUAACUCCAACAGAGCUCUGUCAAAAAUGCCUCUCUCUGAUCAAGAAGACCAAGUUUCUAAAUGCUUAUAUUACUGUCACAGAGGAGGUGGCCCUAAAGCAAGCUGAAGAAUCAGAGAAGAGAUACUCAAAAGGUCAGUCACUUGGGGAUUUAGAUGGAAUUCCUUUUGCAGUAAAAGACAACUUUAGCACAUCUGGCAUUGAGACAACAUGUGCAUCAAACAUGCUGAAAGGUUAUGUACCACCUUAUAAUGCUACAGUAGUUCAGAAGUUGUUGGAUCAGGGAGCUCUACUUAUGGGAAAAACAAAUUUAGAUGAGUUUGCUAUGGGAUCUGGAAGUACAGAUGGUGUAUUUGGGCCGGUUAAAAACCCUUGGAGUUAUUCAAAGCAAUAUAGAGAAAAGAGGAAGCAGAAGCCCCUACGUGCUAAUGAAGAUUCCGAUUGGCUCAUCACCGGAGGAAGCUCAGGCGGCAGUGCAGCUGCUGUAUCAGCGUUCACAUGUUUUGCGGCUUUAGGAUCCGAUACAGGAGGAUCAACCAGGAAUCCAGCUGCCCUCUGUGGGCUUGUCGGUUUAAAACCAAGCUAUGGAUUAGUAUCCCGUCACGGCCUCAUACCCCUGGUGAACUCAAUGGAUGUGCCAGGAAUCUUAACCAGAUGUGUGGAUGAUGCAGCAAUUAUCUUGGGUGUACUAGCUGGACAGGAUCCCAAAGAUUCUACCACAGUACAAGACCCUGUUAAGCCAUUUGUGCUUCCAAGUUUGACAGAUGUGAGCAAAUUAUGUGUAGGAAUUCCAAAGGAAUAUCUUGUACCAGAAUUAUCAAGUGAAGUACAAUCUCUUUGGAGCAAAGCUGCUGACCUCUUUGAAUCCCAGGGGGCUAAAGUCAUCGAAGUGUCCCUGCCUCACACAAGUUAUUCAAUAGUUUGCUACCAUGUAUUGUGCACAUCGGAAGUAGCAUCAAAUAUGGCACGAUUUGAUGGACUAGAAUAUGGUCACAGAUGUAACAAUGAUGUAUCUUUGGAAGCUAUGUAUGCUGCAACCAGACGAGAAGGGUUCAAUGAUGUAGUGAGAGGAAGAAUUCUCUCAGGGAACUUCUUCUUAUUAAAAGAAAAUUAUGAGAAUUAUUUCAUCAAAGCACAGAAAGUGAGACGGCUCAUUGCUAAUGAUUUUAUGGAUGUUUUUAACUCUGGAGUUGAUGUCUUGCUAACACCCACAACUUUGAGGGAGGCAAUACCAUAUUCGGAGUUCAUCAAAGAAGACAACAGAACUCGAAGUGCCCAAGAUGAUAUCUUUACACAAGCAGUAAAUAUGGCAGGAUUGCCAGCAAUAAGCGUUCCUGUGGCCCUCUCAAACCAAGGAUUGCCAGUAGGGCUUCAGUUUAUUGGACGUGCAUUUUGUGAUCAACAGCUUCUUAUAAUUGCCAAAUGGUUUGAAAAACAAGUACAAUUUCCUAUUAUUCAACUUCAAGAACUCAUAGAUGACUAUUCAGCCAUCAUUGAAAAUGAAAAGUUUGCUUCUGUUUCUCUAACACAGUAA